GUCGGCAUUCUUUACACUCGAGCGUCAGUGUCUUUUAGAAAUUCAAAGUGAUAACUUAAAAAUAAAAUAAAAUAAAGUGAAUAAAAAUGAAAAUUUUAUUAAUUUUCGCUGCUGUGGCUGUGACUUUCCAGUCAUCUACUGCACAAAUUAUUGGACCUGUCUGUCCUAGUGAUAAACUUCAAUGGCUUCCACAUCCAACAGAUUGCUCACGUUAUUAUGUCUGCCAACAUACAACUCUAUUCGAAAGAUCUUGCGCUCCCGGGCUUUUGUUUAAUAAUAUUAGUGGACAAUGCAGGCUUCCACAAUUUUCAUUCUGUGCACUGUCAUGUCCUCUCAAUGAUAAUCCAUCAAAUCUUGUAUUCUUACCUGAUUUCCACGACUGUGCAAGAUACUUCGUUUGUAACGAUGGAAGAGCUGUUUCAAGAGGAUGUGCUGACGGAUUACUUUUUGAUACUAAUAAUAAUUGGUGUGAUUUCUCAUCGAAUGUUGAUUGUGAGAGUCGAGGCAAUGGAACAAUUCUCGAUCCUGUUGAGUCCACCACAAAUGCUGGUGAUGGAGAUGGAGUGCCAGAACCAACAGCACCACCAACUGUAGCACCAACAACCACAACAACUACAGUUAAUCCUAAUAUAUUUGAAUGCCCAAUUACACCAGGAGUUCAAUUAUUCCAUCACACAAUUUAUUGUCACAAGUAUUUCAGAUGCCAUAAUGGAAUUUCAUAUUUGAGAGAAUGUCCAGAAGGUCAAUUGUUUGACUUCUUCGAAAGAAUGUGUAAAGCAGAUGCUAUUUGCUACGAUCCUGAUUUAGUCACAGAUAUUCCAGAGCAAAAAUAAGUUUCUAUAAGUUGGAGAUAUUCAAAAGAAAUUAAUUACAUCCUUAUCUUUUGGAUAAGAGUCAUUAAAAGCUAAUCAUCUAUAUGAAUCACUUAUUUUUCACGUAACUCAUAAAAAGAGGUUCUUUUUGUAUCAUUUAACCAAUUUCACAAAAAUCCAAUGACGAACCAGUCAAAAGUAAAUUUAAUAUUUUUAUACAUCAAUUAUGAAUUUAUUGCCUUACAAUUUUAACAAAAUAAAUUUUUUGUGUAAUUUUUCUUUAAAAA